GUUGCGAGUUUACAAAAUAAAAUCUUCAUGUUUCCAUUGGUUUAUAAAAACUGCAUUGAACGUAGUUAUAAUUAGUUAUUUCUAUGAAUUUAAUAAUAAUUUUUAUUCAAAAUACAUAUUAAAGGUGUAUGUAGGCCGUAGGGGAUAAUAGUAAAACAGGGGGUAAAAGUAAUCGCGAUAAGAUACAUUGUUCGGCGUUCCCGGAAAAUCUUGUGAAAAAGAACUUGUGAAAACGUGUGCAACACUAUUCUAUUUUCUAUGAUUACCUACUAUUGACUUUGAAUUUUCAGUUUUGACAGAUAUUUUUAACCAUGUUUUCGGGAAGACUUGUGUAGUUCUGAGUCUGGAAGAUAUUAUUGUGACAUAAUAAUUAAUUUUAUUGUGAAAUACGAAAUUGACAGAGGUACUGUAAAUAAAAGAGACCCUAAAACAGUAUGUGGAAGGGCCUCAGAUUAACGCAGUCGCAACUGUUGAAAUUAAACUUCAAUGGACAUAAACUCCAACCUCUCGGAGUACCAGCGUUGGAUUCUGUGUUGAACCAGUGGUACGAGUUCUGCAAGAAGCCUCCUAAAGGGUUCGAGAAGUAUUUCCAGCCGGGUGGUGGUCAGAAACAGGAGAAAAAGCCUGAGAAAGAUGAUUCGCCAGCACCGUCCAAAACUACGCCGCCUCCUCCGAAAUCGAGUUCGUCACAAGAUAAAUGGAAUAUCAAUAUGUUUUCGAAUACCCCAGGAGGGAGCAGAGGCCCCGGCCGUGGCGGUUACGAGGGCCAGGACCGAGAAAAGUGGAUGAUGUUCGGCGCAAUGGGUGUCAUGACAUUAAUAGCUUCAAUAGCAUACUUCGAGCUUAGAUAUAGAGAGAUAAGCUGGAGGGACUUCCUUAAUUUAUAUUUAAAUAAAGGGUCAGUCGAAAAAUUAGAAGUCAUAAACAAAAAAUGGGUAAGAGUCAAGCUACAGCCAGGUGCAUUUGAGAAUAAAAUUAUAUGGUUUGCGAUUGGCAGUGUAGAUUCCUUUGAGAGAAAUUUAGAGAAUGCACAGAUUGAAAUGAAUGUAGAUCCACCGAAUUUCGUCCCCGUCAUAUACAAGACGGAGGUAGAGGCCGCUAGCUUGACAGGUAUGCUGCCUACUUUAUUGAUAAUUGGAUUUUUAAUCUACAUGAUGAGAAGAUCAGCUGAUAUGAUGGGUAGAGGAGGUCGUAAAGGUGGCGGCCUAUUUGGUGGAGUCAUGGAGUCAACUGCCAAACUUAUAAACCCAACAGACAUCGGUGUAAAGUUCCAAGACGUAGCAGGUUGUGAAGAAGCUAAAAUUGAGAUUAUGGAGUUUGUAAACUUUCUGAAAAAUCCACAGCAGUAUAUUGAUUUGGGAGCCAAGAUACCUAAAGGAGCCCUAUUAACUGGGCCUCCUGGUACUGGUAAGACGUUGCUAGCUAAAGCAACUGCUGGUGAGGCAAAUGUGCCAUUUCUAACUGUAUCAGGCUCGGAAUUUUUAGAAAUGUUUGUCGGUGUCGGCCCAUCUAGAGUUAGAGACAUGUUUUCUAUGGCCCGUAAGCAUGCACCAUGCAUCUUAUUCAUUGAUGAAAUAGAUGCUGUUGGUAGAAAGAGAGGUGGUCGUAGCUUUGGGGGUCAUUCGGAACAGGAAAACACUCUGAAUCAACUUCUAGUAGAGAUGGAUGGCUUUAAUACCACAACAAAUGUUGUAGUACUUGCUGCAACAAAUAGGGUGGAUAUUUUGGAUAAGGCGUUGCUAAGACCUGGCAGAUUUGACAGGCAGAUCUUCGUGCCUGCUCCAGAUAUAAAGGGAAGAGCGUCUAUAUUCAAAGUUCAUCUGGCACCUCUUAAGACGACGAUUAAUAAAGACAAUUUGGCUCGCAAAAUGGCUGCAUUGACUCCAGGUUUCACUGGCGCGGACAUAGCCAACGUGUGCAACGAAGCAGCUCUAAUCGCCGCAAGAGAGCUAGCCAACAACAUCACAAUGAAAAACUUCGAACAAGCCAUUGAGAGAGUUGUAGCUGGCAUGGAAAAGAAAUCGAACGUACUCCAACCUGAUGAGAGAAAGAUUGUGGCUUAUCACGAAGCUGGGCAUGCGGUGGCAGGCUGGUUCUUACAACACGCCGAUCCAUUACUGAAAGUCUCCAUCAUACCAAGAGGCAAAGGGCUUGGAUACGCCCAGUACUUACCAAAAGAACAGUAUUUGUACAGCAAAGAACAACUCUUUGACAGGAUGUGCAUGACAUUAGGAGGUCGAGUAAGCGAAGAGCUUUUCUUCGGUAGAAUAACAACAGGAGCUCAAGACGACUUGAAAAAGAUAACCCAAAGCGCUUACGCCCAAAUAGUACACUACGGAAUGAACGCUAAAGUUGGGAACGUUUCCUUCGAAAUGCCACAACCCGGCGAAAUGGUCAUAGAUAAACCAUACUCGGAAAAAACGGCAGAGUUAAUCGAUUCCGAGGUCAGAGAAUUAAUAAACUCCGCGCACAAACAUACCACGGAAUUAUUGACGAAACAUAAGGAAAACAUCGAAAAAGUGGCUGAGAGACUUUUGAAGCAAGAGAUUUUGAGUAGAGAUGACAUGAUCGAGCUUUUAGGACCCAGACCCUUCCCUGAAAAGAGUACUUAUGAAGAAUUCGUUGAAGGUACAGGUUCUUUAGAGGAGGACACCACACUACCCGAAGGUCUCAAAGAUUGGAACAAAGAAAAGCCGACCACGCCAAAGUCUGAUAGUAUACCCUCUGCGAGUCCCAGUAAAUAAGCCAUUAUAAUAGUUAGAUUGUUGAGUUUUUAGUCGGUUUAUGUGAAAUAAAUAGAUUACAUUUAAGA